CAAAUUUUAUUCUUAGGAGUUGAGACAGGAAAACUUGCCAUCAAUCAGGAGGGAAGUUGCGGAGGCCAUUGUCAGACAGUGACAUUUAGCAGCCGUUUCUCCGGUGGAGCUCCGUAUGUGUUCGCUUCUCUUAACCAUGGAAAUAUCUCAUCUAUUGCCAACGAUAUUGCAUUUGUUUGGGUUGAAGAUGUCACUGCAGCUGAUUUCAAAGCCUGUCUGGUGCAAGGAGGAUUUAGCUCUAGAGGGAACACCACUAUCGAUUGGCUCGCGUUCCACGGUUCACAAUCGGGAGUUUAUCAUGGAAAAGUCAGCUUCGGCCUGUUUACCACUGGAACAAAAUGUGAACUGGUCACAUUUCCUCAGGUAAUGUAUAAAUGGAGUCUACUUCGGUUGAUAAGUCUCGCCAUGAUGUUCACAAAUUCAUCAAGAGUAUUAAAAGUCUUCAACUAAUAUGUAGUCUCCUUCGCAGCCGUUUGAUGAGAGACAUCACCACGAUCAGAAGGCAACCACUUCCCCAGAAAUUUUUGAUAAGCGCGAUGGUAACCCUUUAUUUUGCUGAGGUAGAAAGCUCGUCUAACCAUAUUAGUGGGUACCAUAGAAAUGAAAUAUGCUGAUAGAUGGAGUUUUGCAUAUCAGGUCUUCUCACAGCUGCCUAAAGUGCAAGUAACUGUCAAACACACUGCUUCAAACCAAUUACAGGACGCCAUGAGUGUUUGGAUUGAAAGCCUCUCCAGAAGUCAGUUUGAAGUUUGUCUGAGGGAAUCAAGGACGUUUGAUGGACCUCAUAGUAACCUUGUGGUGGUAUGUGGGACCAGGUCGAUGUUCGAUAUAAACCCAAUAAAACUCAGGUUAAGCAUAUUGUUGCAGGCAUGUUCAAUCAAAAUUUUAAUAAACUUUCUUCUCGUUCCAAUAAAAGUUUUAGAAAAUAUUUCACCCUUUUAAACAGUAAUUUUUGUGCUUCGAACAUUUGGUGUGGUUAGUUUACCUAUAUCUUUGGAAAUUAAAAUCAAUGCCACAGCCAGACCAUCAACAUUGGUUAUGUUUCACUACUCUGUUUUCAUUUUACUUGGAUAAGCAUUUGUUGCGCCUGUCCAAUUUCAGACCAUUUCAUGACAUCCUUCUGGGAAACAACGCCUGAAAUAUCCGAGUUAAGCGGAGUUAACUUCGGCUCGAGUGAUCUACUACUUAACUCAUUAUUAUCCAAUUAACUAAUGGAUAUUCAUACGGAUAAAAUUAUGAGAGACGAGCUAGUUUGGUCAUCAAGAAGUGAGUCACUUGUGAAUUUGGAGCAAGGAAGAAAACAGAUUGUAAAAUUAUUUUGUCAACGUCUUUAUUUCAACUGAAUCCUAGAACUGGAUGGCAUAUGUGAAUCCUCCAUCUUCGUGGGGAGCAGAAGAAUCCUCGGAAGUUGUGUUUUCUGAAUAUGAGACACCAAAUGCAAGAAACAGUUAUGCCUUAUGCGAGGUAUGUGCAGAUAAGAGAUGGCACUGCGUGCAUUCAUGUCUUCCCAGUAAUAUAGCGCCAUUAUCUUUAGUAUGUCAGGUACGUUUUGAUCAUCAGAUCUGCAUUUCUUCCACUAAAUUGAUUUUUUUUCUAAUUUAUUGCAGAACAUCAACUUCACAAACCCAUUUUACAAGCCACCAGUUGUUCUCACAACUGUACUCAAUGGACGCAACAACCCUGUUAACGUUGGAAGUCAAGCAAAAGGUCCCUUAGUCAAUUGGCUGGAGGUAUAUCAACCCAUUGUACACUUUCGUAAUUGCUAUGGUUGUAGAGGUUAUGCAAAAAAAUUAAUGUUAACUUUACAGCGAGAAGAAGACUGCAUUUUAUCCUUGAUAAGUUUUAUUUUCAUCAUCGACAAAUGAAAUUGAAUGACUCCUCCAGCCAUCCAUUUAUUUGUCUGCCCAUCCAUCAUUUCAUUCCCUCUACAUUUAUGCAUGCAUACAUCCAUGCGUGCGUGCUUACAUGCAUACAUACACUCAUGCAUACACACCCAUGUAUGUAUGAAUGUAUGGAUGUGUGCUUGUAUACAUGCAUGAAUGUAUGCAUGUAUACAAGCAUGUAUUGCAUAUAUGCAUGAAGCAUACAUGAAUGGAUACAUGCAUCCAUGUAUCCAUAUGCAUCCAUCAACCUGUCAGUCUAGUUCAAUAAGAUAUGGUGGCAUGUAUAUGUUGCUCAUUUAUCACUUUCAUACAAUCUAUAAUGCACGAUGUAUUUUCCGUCUUGGAGUAAAGGAGAGUGUUAACCAUUCAAUACGAUUACUGACUGAUGUUUCUCGGCUUCUCACAAUAAUUUUCAUACCUCUUGACCCUUGACCCUCCUUCCACCUCAUUUAUUGGGAUAAAGGAAUUUUUAUGAGAAAAACUUACCUUGUGCGACCUUUUUGUUUGAUAGGAAGUAACCAAGUCUUACUUUCGAGUUUGUAUUAAGGAUGACGCAGGCUAUGGUGGUCAGAGGGAAAAUAUAAAUGUGAACUAUUUAGUCAUAGGAGGUAAUUAACGUAUAAAACAACCAUUUCUGUGUUUUUCUGUGUUUUCUUCUUCUUGUUGGUUUUCCAAUAUAGCUUUCUUUAAUAACAGCGUUAAAUGCUUGCUCUCUGCAGACCUCGAGCCCUGUAGGAAUGUAAGCUGUGAAUAUCACAGUCAUUGCGUUGCCUUGGGUCCCCAGCAGGUCACAUGUCGCUGUGAAAGUAGCUGCCCAUCAUUCGAAGAACAAGUCUGUGCCUCCAACGGCCGUACUUUCAGAAAUCUCUGCUUACUGGAGAAAGAAAUUUGUACAGCAAGAGGAAACUACUCUUAUUAUCAUCCGGGAAGUUGCACAGGUAUCAGGAGUAUGAUUCUAAUUAGUUAACCGUGAGGUUGAAGGUAAAGAGAGGCAGAUUUUGACCUGGAUUUAACAAGAAAGGUAACUCAAGCGAGAGCGUCACUAAACAGACACACGUACAUUUGGAACAUAAUGUUAUGAAACUGGUUUUUGACAAAUUCAGUCCUUUUUUGGGCGUCAACAUGAUGGAAACUUCCUCUGGGUCUCCUGGUUGCUUCAAAGGAACUUUGUUAGUACUCUGCUUGAUGAUGAGAAACGAGCAACCACUGUACAUGUAGCAUUUAUUUCAUUGUAUUAACUCAUAACGAAAAUACUUAUCGACCAAAGAGUGCAAGAAAAUUUCUACAUUUGUAACAAUAACUUCGUCCUCUCACAGUACUAUUUACUGAGUGGAUUUGGCAUGGACUAAAUUGUUUCUGCUCAUUUUCAGGUUUUCCACUUCAGAAAGGAAGACAUAAGUUUCGGAACGUCCCUUCCUGGGCAGAGAAUCAGUGUGAAUCCAUAACCUUCGCUCCUUUCAUAUUUUAUCCUCACAAGAAAAUCUACGUUCAACUUACUGUUAACCACUUUAAUUAUUCUGAUCCUGCCAUCGUGCACGAGGCCACUGCACCCUGGGUUGAGAGUGUUAACAUCACGCAGUUCAUAGCCUGUGUCACUCGAGCUGGUAGAAAUGAUUACCCCUCUGAUAGCUUUGCCGACGUUGAUUGGGUCGCAUAUCAGGGUGCUCCCUCUGGGGGUGUGGCUGGCGAAGAAAAGUUCUCCAGAUGGUGGACUGGAACUAGUUGUCAAACAAUUACCCUUCCAAGCGUAUGUUAAAUGUUGUACUGAUGGAUUUUAAAAAUGGGGGGAGGGGGGACUCCUUUAUUUGGCCUGAACAGGCUGUACCGCGUAUCAUAGGAGUCCUUUUUGGAAUGGAACCCAAGCUUGAUGGUUCUGGUGUACUCUUGUGUUUAAAAGAAUUGCUUCAUUUCACCAUAAUUCUAAACAUACUGUCAGGACGUUGCCUCCUAAAUGAUCGAUAUGCUCUAAGUCGAUUGUUUUCAUCAGAAUAGCGAAAAUACGGAUUUAUUUUCCUUAACAGAUUCAGGGUCUGACAGGUUCGGGGCGUACUCCUAAACGCGCUCCAAAGAGGCGGAGGGGGGGAAGGCUCCUGUGUCUCGCAGGUCGGCCUCCAAUUGGCAUAAAUCAACGCAAGAUCGCGUUUAUCAUCGAAUCUGGAGAAUUCAUUCUGCUUGAAUAUACACCUUACAUCCCCGUCGAAUUAUUUUUUCAGGGAAAGUUCCUCGCCUCGCCAACAGUAAUUGUAACUGCUGAACACUACAGGUCAGGUUUAAAACAUGACGCUACCAGCGUGUGGCUGGAAGAUGUCUCAGCGAGUUCGUUUAAGAUUUGUCUACGAGAGUUUCAAAACUUUGCAGGGGUUCAUGAUGACAUCUCUGUGGUAAGCAUUGAAAUAUAGGAGCAGGAAACUAUAGGAUAUAUAUUUUUAUUUUUUUAUUUAUUUUUUUUUUUGUUUUUUGUUUUGUUUUGUUUGGUUUUUACUUUAAAGUGCCAUAUUUCGGCUGGGCAAACCAGCCCUAUUAAGGUAUGAGUAGAAUUAUCGCGGGGUGGUAAUUUUUAUGAAGCGAUUUGUGUAAUAUCAAACAUACGAAUAACUAGCUGGAUUUGCAUUGCGGUUUAAUAUAGUUUAAUCCAAACAGUUGAAUAAGCCGAUUGUUGAAGUUUUUUGGAGAUGCUCAGAAUUUAUUUGCCAUUUAAGAAAGAAAAAGAAAGCGUCUUCAAGCCGACAGAUUGAGUCUCUGUUACGAAAGUAUUUUUCGGUGGGAAUAAAAACUUUUCCUCAGCAGAAUGAACACGGCAGGAAAGAAGAAUUUCGCAAAGAAUUCGGCAUUUGCAUUUAAAAAGUAAAACUCACAUAUCAGGCACUUUGAUUCUUUCCACGCUAAGUUCUCAUUUUUUCCUUUUCCCCGACCGGUCCUUUUGACUCAUUUCAAUGCUCAACUGAAACUCAAUUUACCGUGAAAAAAACUGAUGAUUUUUCUCUCUUUUUUGUACCUUCCUACAGAACUGGCUGGCGUUUGAUUCUCUUCAGAGACCGCUCUUUAGGGAACACAAUGAUGUCAGCUUUCAAAACAACGCUUCGCCUGUUAAGAAUCAUAACUUUGCCUUCUGUAAGGUAAUUUGAAGUUUCAAUGGGGUGCAUAACAAGGCGAAGUCUAACCUGUGCUAGGCUUUCGCUUAGCGGAGACAAGUGAAAAGCGAGAGAGCGGAAAACGGAGGGAACACUGGAAAGCAAAAUGGGGUUACUCUUGACAAUCACUAAUUCGCUUGUCUUCAUUCGCUAUGGGUAGAAAUGGUUGAUGUAACUGAGAACCCUGUUUCCAUCCUCCAAUUUUUCUCUGUUAGCUAAUGAAAAGACGAUACAGUGAACAAAUUGAUUUUUCUUAAGUUAAUAUUGACCAUAAGGUUUUACGAGUUACUGACGUCUGAAUCUAAACACACUUGCUCACCUUUGAUUUUCUCGACCAUAGGAUGUGAGCUUCAUUGGUAGUUACAGCAAAUCCCCAACCGUACUUUUGACUGCUAAACAUUCUACUUCUGAAGGAAAUGCUGCUGCAGAAUGCAAUGGUAUAGUGAGCUGGAUAGAGGUAAUUUGAAACUGUGUAAGAAUGAAUAGAUAAAACUGAACGGAGCACACAGAAACUGUUACUUUUUAAUCAUACAGAGGAACGAUCGGACGAGAAUAUCAUAUUAUUUCAUGCCAUUUUAAUGCCUCAACUUACUUAGCUAUACGUAUUGCUUAAUUAAUCCAGGAUAUCGCAGUAAAAGGCAAGGAGAGCUCCAUGUGUGGAUACCUAUCAAAUGAUGAAAUACCGAAUUUUCAAGGAGUUCUGUCGUUUCUCUUGUAAGCCUUGUAAUUCUUUAAGAUGUAUUUAUAUCCUUUGAUUUUUGUUUUCACCAGUACAUCUCCACCUCUGGCUUUAGAAUAUGUGUCAAGGAAGUCUUUGUCAACCGCUUUGAUCCACUCACUGUAUCAUAUGCUGUAUUAACAGGUAAAAUCUUGUUAUUUUAAUCAGAGGGUGCGGUCCGUUUCCGGACGCAUUUCUUGCGACACUUGUUUUCUUUACCUCCCCUCUUCCCUUCUCAUUGCUUUGUAAGAUUUUAUAAAUACCGCCUGGCGAUGAAGAACAAGGUAGAAAUGGAAAUUAUGUAAACUUUUGUGAAUUGGUGUUUUCUAAGUAGUAUCCUAAAUAACUGUGUUUUGGAGCGUGAGUUAGAGGUUUGCACCAUAAGUUUACGAUCAACGUUAGGUUUGAAUUUUGAACGAACAAGGAAACAAGCAAGUCAAGGAAAACAAACAAAUUAGUACCUUAACAAACAAACAAACAAACAAACAGAAAAAAAAGAAACAGAAACAAUUUUACUUGAGUAAACCAUACAAAUCAUACAAAUCAUACUGGAACAAAAAGCAUGUGCAUCAUAAUGUUUUCUUAUAGAAAAUGUGAUUGAAAUAAAUGCGUUUAACCUUUCCUCAAAAGACAUAUGUCAGGAAGGAUGGGCCUAUUAUAAGGGAUACUGCUACAGAAGAAUUUCUUCCUGUGAUUCCUGGGGUGGCAGCCAGGCAGCAUGCGCCACUCUUGGGGCUAAUCUUCCCAGUAUACACAGUCAGGAAGAAAAUGUAUACAUACAGAGUCUCCAUGGUGGCGACCACUCUUGGCUCGGCCUUUCUGACAGGAACACCGAAGGUACAUUCGUGUGGAGUGAUGGAUCACAGUUUGAUUUCCAUUACUGGGCGAGCCAUCAACCAAGCAAUUUUCAUGAUGAGGACUGCGUCCAUACUCUUGGUUUCCUUGCAAAUCAUAAGUAUAGAUGGAACAAUGAUAAUUGUACAGACUGUCAUAAAUUCACUUGCAAGAAAGGUAGGUCUUCCGGAUGAUGGUAAAAUUGUUUCUACUCGGAGCAAAGUUCUGUGAGAAAAAGAGGAACACGUAUACUUUGCUGGAUUUUAUAACGCACGAGUUUCAAUACCUUUUCCCAUACGCGGCUUCCGAUGGUGUAAUAGGCGGCUGUUCCCGGAGAAGGGGCCUUACGAUCUCUUUUCCCCCCUGGGAUAGUCCGGAGGCAUGCUCUCCAAGGAAAAAAAAUUGAAAUAUAGAAGCUCUGAAUGUAGUUCCAAUAUUCUGGCCAUGAAAAAAGAGUGCUAUUUAUAAUAACUUUCAGGUGAUGUCAAAUCUUUGCUAAACCCCUAUUUGUUUUUUUUCUUCAUAUACUAAUUUUGGCUGUCUUUUACCAAAACAAAAUUGAAAAGUCUUUUUGCAUGGAAAACUUAACUCCAAAGCGCACCCGAUUCGUAUCUACAUUACUUAUCCUUUUUUGGUUUAAUUUCAAAUUUACAUCUGAGUAUAAAAAACCAAAUAUAUUUUCAAGCCCAAUGGGGAUUAAUGUGUUUGUUACGCGCUAACAAAGAUAUUUUAUGCAUUAUAAUAAGGAAUAUUAUUUUUUCAAAACAAACUAUAGUUGCUAAACAUAGUUUGAUUAUAGUACUCUGAUGGAAUUCUUAAAAAUCUUUCUGACGUUUUGACUGAGAAUUACAGCCCUUCCCCGAACAGUAACAGUUCUCUCCAUUACGUUCUUUCGUUAGCAAACUAAAUACACAGCUUUUUUAAAUGAUGCUAAAUACCAGCUGAGAAGUGAUACUAAAAACACAAAGAUUCUGUUUACAUUUUUCUUCGUAGACUACAAUGAAUGCAAGGAAUUUGCUCAUGAAUGCUCGGUCAACGCCACUUGUGUGAAUAGUCUUGGUUCGUACUCUUGCCAAUGUCCAGCUGGAUUUCGCCUUAACGGAAGAAGUUGCACAGGUUUAUAAGUGAUGUAACUAAUAGAUAGCCAACGUCUAACAGGGCUCUCUUUAAACUAGCUAUACUAAAUGUGAUGUCCCUGUUUAAAUAUUGAUUAAAUGAUUAAAUGGUCUAAAACAGUGUUUUAUAUCUAAUAUUUUCGUUAUGAACUCAGCCAGGUUUUGUCGUGUAUUAGCUAGAAUAAAGAGACUGGUUGUUUUUCUCCGUCAAGUAUCAAUUUUAGUGAAAUUAAAGUGAUCUAUAGACCUUGUAGUUUGGUAAGUAAAUGAAGUAACAAGUGUAACUAUCCUAAUCUAGCUCUUUUAUUUAUCAUUUCAGCCUUUUAUGUUUGCAAGGAAACAUUUGGCUAUAUUUUCUUCCUUUUGAUUAUAGAAUUAAACCAAAUGUUUUGCUUGUAUUGUAAAUAGGCAGCGUGUAGUGUCAUGACAUGAAAAUCAAAUCUUUUGUUGAACAGACGUUGACGAGUGUAGCUCUGGUUCAUCUUCAUGUCAUGCUCAAAGCCAAUGUGUGAAUGUUCCUGGUUCGUACAACUGCACCUGUUUGCCAGGAUACGUAGGGGAUGGAAAGGCGAAAUGUGAAGGUAAAAUAAUCGGCAAUAGUGAUAGUUGGUUGGCUCGUCCUUUCUCACUUCAGGGCUAGAGCCUCAAGCUUAUUUCUCUCAGUGAGCUUCACAAGGUUUAUAUCUAAUCUGUUCUAAGGACUAACAGGUAAUUUUCGCUCGUUGUGGGCUACUGGGUGUGAAAUUAAAACCAUUUCUGAAAGACCUAAGUUCGUUUAACCCCGAAGAUUAUAACUUAUUUGUGACAAUCACAUCUUAAUCACCUUGACCGAAGAAUUUCUCGAAGUAUAUUGCAGCAAACUAAGAUGUUAAAUCACUCGGCCAUUAACGUUUUACUUUGAAUUUCUCUUUUGCUUGUUUUCAGUUAAACUUUCAAGGUUUAAUGGUUUGGAUUUGUGGUAAUUUAUUAUUUCUAGACACGGAGAUACUCUAUCUCUAAGUUUACACCCUUCGUCUCGUUCCAUUCUUAUGCCGUGCCCCCGAGCGGGAAGGCUAAAUGCUGUGCUCAGCCCGUAUGUCAUGUCUCGAGCCAAAUAUCUUCCCAUCCGGCCUCAACUGACUGAGUCAAUUUACUUCAUUUGGCUGUUGCUUUUGCGUUUGUUACUCUGUAUUACCUCACGUUGGACUGCGCGUCUUUUUCCGGCCCAGCUCGAGCGAUCACUUGCGGACCUCAUAUGUCACGCACGCUGGGAUUUUUUGCGAGGCCGUACUUGGUCCAUGAUAAGAUUUCUUUUCCACCUCUUUAAGCCCUGUCUUACUUAUAUUUCCCUAUUUUCCGACAGCUCCACGCCUGACAGCAACAAGCUCUUGCGUGUUAUCAACCUCAACAAGUACAUCUGGAUACAUCAGAAUAACUCAAGCUGGCUCGCAAUAUAGCAACAAUAUGGAUUGUCGAUGGAAUUUUUCUUCCAAUGCAGUAAUAGAACUUGUCUUCUUCAGUUUCCGUACUGAAUCGUCUGCAGAUUUCGUGUCUGUGUACGAUGGUGGGUCGCUGUCGUCGCCUCUGAUUAGAAAAAUGAGUGGAUCUUCUCUCCCGCCACCCAUCACAAGUUCUUCUAUUAAUCUCUACGUAAAGUUUUCGUCUGAUGGCGCAAAUACGUCCGACGGUUUUGAAGCCACAUAUCGAGGUAAACCUUAACACAAGGUGGUUCAAGAUUAGAAUUAAAAACUAGCCCGUUCCAGGCGUUCAGUUAGUAAAAUUAAGAGCAACAGUAAACGGCAUGAAAAAAAUGAGGGGAGUUUAGGUCGGGUUGCAUAACCCGGCCCAAGCCUCCCUCGUUUUUUCACUCCUCCGCUACUAUCACGCUGUUUACCAUCGUAGUUUUACCAACUGAACGCCUGGAACAAGCUUUUCAAACAUUAGUUCUUUGAUGGAUCGUAGGACAAUUAUUUUUCAAUUAAAUGUUCAGGUAUUUUUCACCACUUUGAGACGAGGCUUUGACGUAUGACGAUACCAUAGCAACACGAUUUCCUCUUAGAAAAACCCUUAGUUUUAAGUCUUAUGUGCGUGUUACACGAUAAACAAGUUCUGUGAGUGCUAAUAGUUUUUUUAGGGAAAAAAAGUUAAGAAAAAAGGUUAGUCAAACCAUUAACUAUUCAGAACCACCCGCUGAUUUUUAUAAUGUAAGGUGGCUCUAGGCUGAAGAGCUGAAUUUACUCUCAUCUAAAGUCAUCCGGUAAACGGUUAUUUAAUGUUAUAGAAGAACAAUGUCAGUUAUCUUAAGUAAUUUAUGCACUUUGUACUUUUUCUUUCACUUCUGUUAUUAGUUCUUACCGCUGGAUCCUUACGUAUAAGUGGAAACACUGCCGUUGGAAGGGUUGAAGUCUACUAUGACGGGCAGUGGGGGACAAUCUGUGACGAUGCGUGGGAUAUCAGCGAUGCUAACGUAGUGUGUAGGCAGCUUGGCUACGCACGGGCGAAUCGAGCCUACAGUGGCGCCACCCACGGUCAAGGUACUGGUCCAAUAUGGAUGGACGACCUGGCAUGCUCAGGCAGUGAGUCUCAUGUAUAUGACUGUAGACAUCGUGGAUGGGGAGACCAUGAUUGUACACACAGUAGAGACGCCAGCGUGGAGUGUUACACGCCAGUCCGUUUGGUAAAUGGUGGUGCUAGUUAUGGCCGCGUGGAGGUUUACCACAGUGGGCAGUGGGGCACAGUGUGUGAUGAUGACUGGGAUAUGAAUGAUGCUAAUGUGGUGUGCCGUGAGCUUGGGUUUCCCAGUGCAUCAUCAGCUCCUCAAAGCGCGCGAUACGGUCCGGGAUCUGACCCCAUCUGGAUGGAUGAGGUAAACUGUCAUGGA